GAACUUGUAAGUUUUCUAAGUAAAAUAAAGAAGUAUGAGUACAUAAAAAAAGUGAGAAUAGUUUUGUAUAUUUUAUAUAAAUAUUUGUAUGACAUAAUUUAUUGGUCAGCAAUAUCAAAGAGAUGAAGCAUGGCUAAAUAUUAUGGAUACGUAUAACCUACAUCAAACUACAGGGCCUAGAGAAAUCGAGGAGUUGAAGUAUAUUUUUGAAAGCUGCUAAAAUUGAAAAUAGUACGGAUAAGGUAAGAUUCAGUAUAACUAGGACUUUUAAUUUAAUGUAUUUUAUGUGUAAUAAAUUAUGUUCUAUAAAUACAGAUUGGAAGACAUAAAUCUGGUGGAGGAACGUAUGCUAAUAGAAUGUCAAGUAUUAGCGAUCAAAUUUUGGGUGUCAUUGGUGAACGAAUUGAACCUCUAGAAAACGCAAACGAUGAUGACGCUAAUUAUACAAUUACAGAUCAAUUUUUAAGUGGAUCCAGAAUUACCUACAACCAUUGCCGGAAUCGGAACAAUCAUCAUUUUCCUCACAAUAUCAGACUACCUUCAAUAGGAUUAAUAGUUGGACGAAUUUUCUUCAAGCUUAAUACGUACAUAUUGAAUAGGUACCUACAUAAUAUAUAUUUGAAAUUUAAAAUGAAAUACAAAUUAGGGUAUGAAUCUAUUUACUCAAAGGCUAUAUUGUGGGUAGUCGUCUUGCUCGCAUACUGUAUUUUUAUAAGAAAAAUGUGGAAUGCCUACUACAUGAACACCAAAGAAGAAAUAUGUCCGGAAUGUGGUGAGUUCAUUGUUUUUUAACGUUAGAUAUAUGCAAUUGGAAAUUACUAUGAUAAUAUUUGUUUCUAUAAUUAUUUCUGAACGAUAAAAUAAGUAGAACUUAAACAGAUUGACCCACCGGCCACCGGUAGCUAAAUAAAUAGUGACAUCAUGAACGAUAACAUAUGGUCUGAAUUAACCCUACUUAUUCUUUUAAAUUAAAUGGUUUAGAAAAGGACGGGUUUUCAUUCUAAAAAUAGAUUUUAUUCUCAUUCACAAGUACCUACUGAUCGAUCUAAUAAUUACGUGAUUUGAAUUUUGUAAUAUGAUUUCGUUUCCUCAUCUUUGGAUCCUACAUAUGAUUUUUAACAAAA